AUGGGCAAAGAAGGCCCUCAAGCCAUCUUGAACGGUAUGUUAAUGAAUUACAAAGGCCAACAGCACCUCUUGUGCCACUUACCAACCCGAGCAAUGAUCAAGAAUCGCAGAGGGUAUCUAACGAGACAGGCGACCAAAGCUACAAGCAUUGAUACAUUUGCUGACCUGUAUCAUUGGGCAUCUUUGCGAAUGUGCCAGGACAAGACACGGUUUUUCAAUGGGCAAACAUUUGACCGUACGAUUGACGAAAAGAUAUUCGCCACGGAGACUCUUGGUUUUCAAAAUGAGCUGUUAGUACUGAACUGCUUUGAGCACCGCUACGUGGAAGAGGGCAAAGACCACAAGUCUUUUGGAGUGAUCAUGACAACGCGUCGCGUUUUCCGUAACGACUUAUACAGGGACAGCAAAGUGACGGAGUGUUCGCCGCUGCCGAUGGCACAUACAAGCUACACUACGCGCCAGUACGCCUAUGGGCAGCUAUAUCAAACCGUUGUCAAGUACGCAGAGCUGUUUUUCGGGGCAGACCUGGAUGUUAAGUUCGGCAGUCUGGAUCACGCAAAGUACAUUGCAAACGCGUUCUCCAAAUGUUUGGUCAGGCAUCACAGUGCUGGACUGCCCUGCGCACGUGGCGCGGAAGUGUCGUGA